AUGACCUUAAAUCUUAGUGUACUGACCCCUAAUCGAAUUGUUUGGGAUUCAGAAGUGGAAGAAAUCGUUUUAUCUACUAAUAGUGGUCAAAUUGGCAUAUUACCAAAUCACGCCCCUAUUGCCACAGCUGUAGAUAUAGGGAUUUUGAGAAUACGCCUUAACGACCAAUGGUUAACGAUGGCUCUGAUGGGUGGUUUUGCUAGAAUAGGCAAUAAUGAGAUCACUGUUUUAGUAAAUGAUGCGGAGAAGGGUAGUGACAUUGAUCCACAAGAAGCUCAGCAAACUCUUGAAAUAGCGGAAGCUAAUGUGAAAAAGGCUGAAGGAAGGAGACAAAAAAUUGAGGCAAAUCUAGCUCUCCGACGAGCUAGAACACGGGUGGAGGCUAUCAAUCCGAUUUCAUAA